CUUGACGCGCAAGUUCGAAGGAAACAUCGUGAGCAGCUUAUUACUGCUAAGCGAAUCAAGCAUAAUUUGGAUGAUUUCAAAGACGAUGAUGCUGAAUCCGAAUUUGAUUUGACUCAUCACGAUAUUGAAAAGUUGAAAUCUGGCUUAAAUGAUUCGGAUCGUGACUCACGCCUUUCUAGUCUUAAAGACUUGAGCACGUACCUUGCGGAUCCUCCAGACACUUUGAAGCAUUUCGUUAUAAACGAUAACUGUAUCGAUAUUUUGAUAAAAUUCUUAUCGGGAGUUGAUCCCGAGGAACAAUUACAAGCAACUUGGUGCAUCACAAAUAUUGUUGCGGGUCCUAAGGAAUUUUGCCAGAAAGCUUUUGCGGCAAUUCCACACUUAGUUAACUUUCUUCGUGGUGAAAAUAUUUCAUUACAAGAUCAAGCUGCUUGGGCAAUUGGCAAUCUCGCAGCGGAAGGUCCUGAAUGUCGAGAUAUACUUCGUACAAAUGGAGUUUUGGUUCCCUUGAUUGAGCUACUUAAUUCCAAG